AGCCUCCGGGCCGGGCCGCGCUGCUCCGCGGCUGCGGGGAUGCUCUCCCCUCCCGGUGACCGCUGGAGGAGGGCCCGGAGGCGGUACGGCUAGAGCGCGGCCGCGGAGAGCUGGACGAGAGCAGCCCCCCCGGCGCUGAGGCGAUGGCGACCAGCCCGCUGCCCGGCCCCACCGACAUCUUGUUGCCGUCGCCGUCCAGCGCGUACCCGCCGGACCCCAUGAACCAGCCGAGGGCCGGCCACGCCGCCAUGAAGCCCAACCAGGUGGGGCAGGUGAUCCUCUACGGCAUCCCCAUCGUCUCCCUGGUCAUCGACGGGCAGGAGCGGUUGUGCCUGGCGCAGAUCUCCAACACCCUCCUCAAAAACUUCAGCUAUAACGAGAUCCACAACCGGCGGGUGGCUCUGGGCAUCACCUGCGUGCAGUGCACGCCGGUGCAGCUGGAGAUCCUGCGGCGGGCCGGGGCCAUGCCCAUCUCCUCCCGCCGCUGCGGUAUGAUCACCAAGCGGGAGGCUGAGCGGCUUUGCAAGUCCUUCCUGGGGGAGAACCGGCCCCCCAAACUGCCGGAUAACUUCGCCUUCGACGUGUCCCACGAGUGCGCCUGGGGCUGUCGCGGGAGCUUCAUCCCGGCCCGCUACAACAGCUCCCGGGCCAAGUGCAUCAAGUGCAGCUACUGCAGCAUGUACUUCUCCCCCAACAAGUUCAUCUUCCACUCCCACCGCACCCCCGACGCCAAGUACACCCAGCCCGACGCCGCCAACUUCAACUCCUGGCGCCGGCACCUCAAGCUCACCGACAAAAGCCCCCAGGACGAGCUGGUCUUCGCCUGGGAGGACGUCAAGGCCAUGUUCAACGGCGGCAGCCGCAAGCGGGCCCUGCCGCCCGCCCCUCCCGCCCCCGCCGCCGCCGCCGCCCCGGCCGCCUGCCACCCGCUGGGCUCGGUGAAGGCGGCGGCCGCCGCCGUGGUGGGCGGCGGGUUGUUGAGCCCCCACCUCCUGGCCGCCCCGCCCGAGCUGCACCAGAAGCGGCCGCGCUUCGAGGAGGACGAGGAGCUGCAGGAGGCCGUGGCGGCGGCGGCAGCGGCGGCGGCCCACGGCGGCAAGAGCCCGCGGAGCUACCCGGUCAUCCCGGUACCCAGCAAGGGCUCCUUCGGCGGCGUGCUCCAGAAGUUCCCCGGCUGCGGGGGGCUCUUCCCGCACCCCUACGGUUUCCCCGCCGCCGCCUUCGGCCUCUGCCACAAGAAGGAGGAGGGCGGCGGCGGCGGCGGGGCCGAUGCCCUCGGCGGGGCGGCGGCGCACAAGGCCGCCGGCGGCGGCGGCGGCGGCGGCGGGGCGGCGGGCGGCGGCCUCUCGGGGCUCUUUUGGCCGGGCAGGAAGGACGCGGCCUUCUACCCGCCCUUCUGCAUGUUCUGGCCGCCCCGCACACCGGGUGGGCUGCCGGUACCCACCUACCUGCAGCCACCGCCGCAGCCCCCCGGUGCCUUAGGCUGUUCGCUGGGCGACGGGGCCGGCCUGCUGCGCCAGGCUUUCCUGGACCUCUCCGAGCCCGGCGGCGACGCGGGGGCCGCGGGGCUGGGCACGCCGACCGCCGCCGCUGCCGCCCCGCCGCCCGCUCCCGCCGCCGCCGCCGCUGCGCGGGACCCGCUCUUCGAGUCGCCCCCUGGCGGCGGCGGCGGUACCGAGCCCGCCUCGCCCGCUGCCUCGGAGGGAGGAGGCGGCGGCGGCGGCGGGCGGGUCCCCGCGCACCACCCGCACCUGCUGGAAGCAGGGGCGGCCGGGCGCAAGGCGGGCGGCGGGUACCACCACUCCAGCGCCUUCCGACCGGUGGGCGGUAAGGAGGACUCGGAGAGCCUGGCGAAGCUGCACGGCGGCGGCCCGCCUCGCUCCGCUUCGCCGCCGUUGCAGCUGCUGCUGCCGCCGCCGCCGCCUCCUCCUCCUCCGCCGCCGCCGCCGCCGCCGGUCGAGGAAGGGGGCUGCGAGCGGCACCCGCUCCCCCCGCCGCCGCCGCACCCCCCGCACCGCCUCCUCUCGCCCGGCGGCACCAGCUGCAGCUUCGCCAGCGAGGACAGCAGCGAGGAGGAGGAGGAGGAGGACGAGGAGGAGGAGGAGGACGAGCCCGAGGUGGACGUCGAGGGGCACAAGCCCCCCGAGGAGGAGGAGGAGGAGGACGAGGAGGAGGAGGAGGAGGGCGAGGAAGAGCCCCGCGGCGGAGACCCCUUGGCGGCCGCCGCCCGCUUCCCGCCCGCCCGGGGCCUGUCGGAGAAGGGUGGCCGGGAGCGCCCGGCCGCCGGGCCCUUCCCCCGGCCGCCCGCUGAGGAGAAGCCGGGGGAGGGCCAAGCCCCGCCGCAGCCGCCUCCCGGGGCCCCCCGGGCGGGCAGCGGCGGCAGCAGCCCGGCGCACCAUCCGUCCCUGGAGGAGCAGCCCUCCUACAAAGAUAAUCAGAAGAGCAAGGAGAGUAAUCAGGUCAUUUUGCCUACGAAAGAGGACACCUUCUCAGAUAAGAACAAGGAGCAUAAUUUUUUCAUCACAGAAUCAGAGCCUUCAGGAGGAGACUUCUGGAGAGAUAUAGCAGGCGAACACACACAAGAAACAAAUUCACCUCAUUCACUGAAGAAGGAUGUCGAAAACAUGGGGAAAGAGGAACUCCAGAAGGUUUUGUUUGAACAGAUCGACUUACGGAGGAGACUAGAACAGGAAUUCCAGGUGUUGAAAGGAAAUGCAUCUUUCCCAGUCUUCAAUAAUUUUCAAGAUCAGAUGAAGCGGGAACUGGCAUACAGAGAAGAAAUGGUACAGCAGCUACAAAUUAUUCCCUAUGCAGCAAGCUUGAUCAGGAAAGAAAAGCUCGGUGCACACCUCAGCAAAAGCUAAAGAAGCACAGGAUCUUUUGCAGCUGUUACCUUGUAAGUUGCAACCCACCACUCAGAAACCUGACUUGUGUAAAGACUGAGAAAAUGGAAGGGCUUGGGAAUUUAAAGAACAAACAAAUCAGGUUCCUCUGAACCCAAGGACAAGUGACCUCAAAGCAUCAUGGACAACCAUGUAAAAUAGAAUGUAGCAGCCAUUUAUUAGUAAAAACAAAACAACAAAAAAAAAAUCAAAAAAUGCCUGUCCUGGAUCUUUUUUGGUGGUACCAAAGUUUAAGUCUUUGUGUUUUUAGAAGGACUACUGAACUUGAUAGAGAAAAUGCUUUCGAUGAAUCGUACAGAUAAGCUGUGAAAGGAACUGCGGAUCCUUUCAGCGCCACAAACACUGACAACAUCUGCCAGUUCAUCUUUUGCUUUUGAAUAGUGAUUGUUUUAUGGAAAGAAAUGCGCGUCUUACCAGAUGGGCCAGAACCACAUUUGGAUGGAUGGAUGGGUGGAUGGAUGGAUGGAUGGAGCAGCGUUAGCCAUACACAGUGCUUUUUAAAAGCAGACUGGAAAUUGUCACACCCCUCUCCCUCGGCCCUUUCCUCCUCUGGUAUUUUGCCUGCUGUAUGAAUUACGAUUGUACUCCUCUGGAAAUAUUUUACAAUUUAAUAUUGAGUGUAAUUAAGAAUAUAAUCACUGUUAUCAAAAAAGGUAUUUAACUCUGUUGUAGUUUCUUUAUCAUUCAUGUGGAUAAAAAGUCUAUAAUAAAAAAAAGAAAACUA